AUGACAAUUGCUAAUAGUUGGCUAAUUUGUUUAGUCAGUAUUUUUUCCUUCGUGAUACGUGUCGAGGCCAGCACCUUCUGUAAUGCUACUCAAGCGUGUCCUGAAGAUAAACCAUGUUGCUCACAAUAUGGUGAAUGUGGUACUGGUCAAUAUUGUUUGAAUAACUGUGAUGUAAGAUAUUCAUUUAGUCACGAUUCCUGUAUGCCAAUACCUAUUUGCAAAAGCUCAUCUACUAAGUUCAAAGACUAUUCCUCUAAGUUGGGAAAUGCUAAUAUUUUCUUAGGUAAUGUUAGUGAAGCUGAUUGGUUGUAUACUGGUAAUGUUAUAGAUUACGAUGAUGAAGAGAGUUUAAUUUUGGCUAUGCCCAAGAACAGUGGUGGUACCGUUCUUUCCUCAACGAGGGCUGUCUGGUACGGUAAGGUCAGUGCUAAAAUGAAGACGUCGCACCUUGGUGGUGUAGUCACUGGGUUCAUCCUAUAUUCCGGUGCAGGUGAUGAAAUUGAUUACGAAUUUGUUGGUGCCGAUCUAGAAACUGCUCAAACCAAUUUCUAUUGGGAAAGUGUUUUGAACUACACGAACUCGGUCAAUAUUUCUACUACUGAUACAUUCGAAAACUACCAUACUUACGAGCUAGAUUGGCACGAAGACUAUGUGACAUGGUCUAUUGACGGUGUCGUCGGUAGAACCUUGUACAAGAAUGAAACCUAUAACUCCACCACCCAAAAAUACCAAUACCCACAAACUCCAUCUAAGGUAGAUAUUUCUAUUUGGCCAGGUGGUAAUUCUACCAACGCUCCAGGUACCAUCGCAUGGUCUGGUGGUGAAAUUAACUGGGACGCAACAGACAUCAGCAACCCAGGCUAUUAUUAUGCUAUUAUCAAUGAAGUUAAUAUUACCUGUUAUGAUCCACCAAGUGGUGUAAAGAAGAACGGUACUUCUGCCUAUGUUUAUACCUCGUCCAGUGAAUUUUUGGCCAAAGACAUUGCUAUCACAGACGACGAGGUUAUGAUGGACACUGACGAGGGAUCUGGUUUGGACCCACACAAGGGAGCUACCACAUCUUCUACCCAGAAAAGUUCAUCCUCAACAUCAACCUCUUCCUCCCAAACCUCUUCUGGUCACAGUAGUUCAUCUAAGAAGAGUAGCAAAACUAGUUCCACCGCUUCUUCGUCAUCAUCUUCUUCUUCUUCUUCUUCUUCUCCUUCUACUACUACUACUAAGAAUGGAGAUAAAGCCUUAUCCACUACAACCUCUUCCGCGGCUUCCAACACUGAAUCAGCAUCUUCCGCGAGCGGAAGCGCCUCCAGCAGUACAAGCUCAAUGAGUGGUAGUAACGUAGGUGCUAACGUUGCGGCAAACUGGCGUUUGGCUGCUUUGUGCGUUAUCCUACGUUAUAUCUUGUAG